AAAAAGAUGAGUUUUUUUUCAUUUAAAAUUUCCGAUUUGGAAAAAAGAGUACAACAUUUGGAGGUCUCUAAUUUGCCAUUAAAUUUCUCGAAAUUAAUCGGUGAAGACAGUGCUGCCAAAGUUUACAAAUCGUCGAUUAAAGGAGAGCCAUUAGCGCUAAAAGUGUUCAAUACCCAGUUUGGAAAAAAACGAAUUUUAACAGUAUGCAAUGAACUAAGGCAACUGGAACAUAUAAAUAUUGUUAACUUCGUGGGAUAUAGUCUUAGACCGUCAGCUCUAUGUUUUGAAUUAUGCAGUGUGAAAGUCCACGACACUGUUGCUUAUUCCUUAAAGGAGCUUGUUACUAUUUAUAACGAUAACGAUUACUUCAAUUUAGAAGAAAGAACUUCGUAUAUAAUUCAAGCGUUUAAGGGUAUAAUUUAUCUCCAUGAAAAAAACAUCAUUCAUAGAGAUAUUAAACCAAGCAAUAUGUUAGUUAGUGGGUCUAUUGAAAAUCUGAUAAUAAAAAUAUCAGAUUUUGGUGAUAUGACCACUAUAAAAAAUACAAUCACUUGCACUAAUAACAACUCUUUAAAAGGAUUAACACUUUGGUAUGUGGCACCAGAACUUUUAAAUCAAAAUCCAAAACUUUCAGUGUAUACUGACAUUUACGCAUUAUCUAUUUCAAGUUUUGAAAUUCUUUCGAACAUAUUUUAUUUUAGUUCAUUAUGGGAAAAUAAUCUUCCAAUUAUCAACGAUGUUUUUCUUGUCCAGGCACUCAAACACAAUAUAAGACCUGAUGCUGAUUUACUCAAAGUUUUGUAA